UGACACGCCACCGAAUCGGAGCAGAUGGACAUUCUUUGGCUGCCUCUUGCUCCUGGCUCGCAGUCCGUCGGUCAUUUUGCCUCUGGGCCUUGCAACAUGCACGGUUCUACCGCCCUCGUCAUCGUGCUUCUUCACGCUGCGGCGACGUUGGCGAUGCAAGACCCAUCCUUGUGCCGGCUCGUCGUACUCUGCUUCACCAUCACCAACACCCCGUGCAACCGCCAACUCGGCGCGUGUCCUCCGUGUCUCUACGCGAACGCGCAGGGCGGGUACCUCUGUUGGGCGAAAACGGGACCGUCGUGCCCAUUCACAGACAAGUCGGAGCUCACGAUGUUCGACUGCUCAGGCAACAGCGGGAAUGCUACGACCGCGCCGCCUACACCGACACCAACGACGGCGCCGGUGCCAACAACAACGCUGGCGCCAACAACAACAGCGACACCGACGACGGCGACUCCAACGACCAACAACAGUACACAGACAGUACCGGGACCGAACGAAGGCAGCAGCACGAACAGCGCUGGCUCGGGCACGGCGAGUCAAACAGUGCUCAUGAUCGCCAUUGGCAUGGGCGUCGCGCUCACGUUCGUGGCUGGCGUCUGCGCGCUCAUGUAUCGUCGCGAGAAGCGGCCCCGCGAGCCGUGCCCGCCCCCGACGCUCGUGGAUCGGCCGGCGCAACGUAAAUUCAAGCGCGGCGGCAGCAUCGCCGUGCAUGGGUCGCAGCUCCAGCGCAUCAACUCGGGCUUCUCGUCGCAGAACGACGACCUUUCGCUGCGGUCGUUCCCGACGCCGUCGAGCUUUGGCGACGUGCAGAGCAUUCUCGGGCAAGGCCGCGACGACGUGCAACCACACAGCACGAUCCACGAGUACAUUGACUCGGUGUCGUUUGCGCAGUUUUACCCGCUCCCGACAACAGCAGCGACCGACGACAUUUCGGACUCGGUGUCGCAGUACCGGUCGACCAACUCGCUCGUGCUCGAUGGCCGGUACAGCAACUUUUCGAUCCUCUCGGACGAUCCGCGCGAUAACAACAACCCAAAGCUCCGCGUCUCGUGGGACGACGACGACGAGCGCGAGAAGGAGGUCGAGAUCUAA